AUGCAUAACCACUACUUCCUCGUCCUCCCCAUCCUCAUAAUCUCCCUCUUCUUCCACACACCCCCCGCCAACGCCCUCCCACAUGUACAGGGAAAUAGCCCACGCAACGCCCUUACCUGCGGCCUAACCACCGUCGACAUCGCCUUCAAAUCCGCCGCCGAAAUCCCCAACGUCCAAACAACCCUAUCUACCUGGGUCGACUCCGCCCGUGCGGACCCCACUCUCCUUCCCUACGUCCUGGCAGACUAUAAACGAAACGGCUGCAUCAAGCCCUUCAUCGCCCGCGGUACGGUGACACUGGGGAUGUGCGCGGGUGACCACGGAGGCGGCCAUGCUGGUAUUGUCUGGGAGGUCGACGAGAUCGUGGAUGCUGUGAAUAGGAUGAUUGAGGCGUGUCGAAUGGCGGGGCAGGCGAGGGUGAAGGGGAUGGCAGAGAUUGGGGGGACGAGAGGAGGCGUGUGGAUUGGGUAUAGGGAUGUGGGUAGAGGAUGA